AUGCCCGGCCUCGCGCGCAAGAUCCUCGUCUUUGCCGCCGUCGACGGCCUCGUCAUCCAGCCGUUGGCGUCCAAGGGACAGAAGCCGUUCACGCCCGCGAGGAUCAAGUAUGGCGAUGCGUCGGUGUCGGCCGCUCGGGACCAGGCGCCGGACUCCACAAAGCCCGACUCGUGGUUCGAGGCGCUGGGCGUCAUUGGAUUGAUUACCGUGUCGCGGUUGACGUAUCUGGUGACGAUUACGCGACGAGAGCAGGUGGCCCAGGUGUUCGGACUGCCCAUCUACGUCGUCACGCAGGUGGCCGUGACGCCGUGCUCGUCGCAGAGCGAUGCAGAGGAAUCGGUGCGCAAGACGUCACAGCUUUUGCGGACUGGACCGUCCAGCAGCGUGGAUCACGAUGACGAGAGCAGUAGCGACGAGGACGGCGAGAUGCCCCUUGGGACCCCUGACGAGGAGGUGGACGAUGAGGUAGUCGACAAGGGAGGCGUGCCGGCGGACCCCAAGAGCAGCGUUGUCGAGGACGUGAUCAGGAGACGAGGCAGCUAUGGGAGAUUCGCGCAGCGCUGGUUUAGUCGCAGCGGCUGGACGGCUGACCAGAGAAGGACCAUGGGAAUGAGCAACUCGCCGACCUCUACGCCGCCCCUUGCGCAACCAGCAGCCCGGAGCCCGGCGGCUGGCCUCCCCAGCUUACAAGAGGCCGACGAGAACCCCGUGAUUCCGGCAUCCGCGCUUCUCCCAAAGCUGCUUCGAACCAUCCAAGUUUUGUUUGGCUCAUCACAUAGCUUUUACUUUUCAUAUGACCUGGACAUCACUCGCAGCCCGACUGACGAUGCUUCGAUUGCCAAGCCCAGCAAUCCCCUGUAUACCCAGGUCAAGAAGACAUUCUUUUGGAACCGGCAUAUUCUUCAGCCCUUCACAGAUGCCGGGCAGGAUGCUCUGGCCUUGCCUCUGAUGCAAGGCUUUGUUGGCCAAAGAACGUUUGUGGUGGAUUCUCAACCUCCACAGGCGGAUGAUCCUGGAAUGGAAUCCAUGGAGCUUGCCAACCUAUCGCCGUCAUCGUCCGUGCCAUCCUCACCACCAUCUGGCACGGCGAGGCAUUCUCUAGAGCUGCGUCCCACCGAGAAGAGCUACCUGAUUACACUCAUAUCGCGACGGUCAACUAAGAGAGCUGGUCUGCGAUAUCUGCGGCGCGGCAUCGACGAGGACGGCUAUACGGCGAACUUUGUCGAGACAGAGCAGGUCUUGUCAUCCCCUACAUGGGAGGCUUCCUCUCCAAUCUACUCAUUUACCCAGAUCCGGGGCAGCAUACCGCUUUUCUUCACCCAGACUGCAUACGCACUCAAGCCCGUACCAGUCUUGCAGCAUUCCGAAGAGGCCAAUUACAACGCCGCCAAGCGGCACUUUGAAAGGCUGGCAGCAUCCUACGGCACCCUACAGAUUGUCAAUCUGGUGGAAAAGCGUGGAGUGGAAGCACCCAUCGGAACGCAGUAUCAGAACACUGUCGCGCGUAUCAACGAAGGGCUGGACGACACGGCCAAGAUUCCCUUUGAGUGGUUUGACUUUCACCACGCUUGUCGUGGGAUGAAGUUUGAGAACGUGAGCCACUUGCUGUUGAUUUUGAAAGACCAAUUGGAGAGGCUUGGCAGCACAGUCAAGAGCAACGGCCAGCUGGUCCGCAAGCAGCAGGGCGUCCUUCGGACAAACUGCAUGGACUGCUUGGACCGAACCAACGUCUGCCAGAGCUCUUUUGCAAAGCAUAUGCUAGAGUUGCAGCUGAAGGAAGAUGGCAUAGACAUGAGCGCUCAGAUAGACCAAGAGACGGCCUGGUUUAAUACUCUCUGGGCUGACAACGGCGAUGCCGUUUCGAAACAGUACGCCUCUACUGCCGCUAUGAAAGGUGAUUAUACGAGGACAAGAAAGAGAGAUUACAGGGGGGCACUCAACGACUUGGGAAUAUCCCUAACGCGUCUCUAUUCAGGUAUGGUCAAUGACUACUUCAGCCAAGCUGCCAUCGACUUCUUGCUCGGCAACGUCACGGCCAAGGUGUUUGAAGAGUUUGAGAUGGACAUGAUGACCAAAGACCCGGCCGUUUCCGUUGAAAAGAUGCGGGAGCGUGCCGUAGAGCUGUGCCAGAAGCGAGUUGUGGCAGAUGUCAGCGAAGAGUUCCACGGAGGCUGGGUCUUGAUUACUCCCAACGCCGCAAAUGUGCUCAAGUCGUGGCCAAUGGAAGAGGCUGUUCUUCUCUUGACCGAUGCUGCGCUGUACCUCUGCCGCUUUGACUGGGACCUGGACAAGGUGUCGUCCUUUGAGAGGGUGACCCUGGCGAGCAUCACUAACAUCAAAGUUGGCACCUAUAUAACCUCCACAAUCUCGCCGGCGCACAUGGACGAGUCGAGGAACGUGGGCUUUGUGGUGUCCUACCAGCCGGGCAAAAGCGACAUCCGGAGGAGGAACACCCGAUCACUAUCGACCAAGGAGGCGCCGAAGCUCACUGAGUCUGGCGAGCCUCAAUCGGCCCAAGGUGGCUUCGCGGGCCUUUUCGGAGGAAAUGCCUCCAAGGAGCCCGCCAUCCGAAAGCUCGCCUUCAAGGCGCCGUACGCCGAUUCCUCCAUGUCGGUGAGUGCGGCCGGGCCGGGGCAGACGGAGCUGCAGAAAAUUGAUACGAUUUGCUCGGAGAUUGAGCGCCUCGCGUCUGAGCGGCAGCUGGUGAAGGAAGGGGAAGAGCGGAAAGAGCUGGUGGAGAGAGGGGACAUUAUCUCUCUGGACGCGGCGAAACGCAACACAGGGCUGCUCGAGCAGCUGGGGCAUUCGCUGAAGAAGCUGGUGUGGGCAUAG